GUGCAACGCAUUUGAUGACGUACGUAUUCAUCAGCGUUUACAACAUGACUCAAAAUGGCUGUGCUCUUUUCCACUAGACGGCUACUCGGCAACUGAAAGAAAAAGCAACCUAAUCACACCAACAAUUUGUUCGACAUCUGUUAAGGUUUCAGCCAUUUUGGACCAUAGAGGAUAAUUCUACUAUGACAAGCUUCCAGCCUUGGUUGUAAUUGUGGUGCACAUCUCACACACCUGCAUGGGAAGGAUGGAGAGCGAUUGCAGAAUCCCCAUGUUGUGCUUGAGGCCCAGAGUCCUGGCUUUGCAUGCACUCUUCUGGGGUUUGGUGUCUCUCAGAGUGUUUGGUGCAGCUCUGCUGAGUGAGGAGAAGACCACAGUGGCCAGGCCGGUGACCAACCCCUGUUGGCAGAUGGAGGAGUUUGUGGUUGCGGUGGAAUGCUUCCGGUGCAACGCUUUCCAGUCGAAGUCAUGGGCAGCAUGUACUCAGACGGGAUAUGUGGAGGGGAUCAACUGCAUCAAGUCUAAUAAAGACGAGUACAAGAGCUGCCGCUCUACCCUGAUGGAGGAACACCUUUUCUGGAAGUUUGAGGGAGCCAUGUUGGGCCUUACCGUACUGUUCGCCCUCGUAGUGGUCGCUAGGCAACGUUCGCUGGACCGGCUUGCCUCCGAGAAAGUCCGCAGGCAGAUCGAGUCCAUCUAGCACAGUACACCAGAGUGAAGAGACUAGUAGACCUCAACAUAGUCGCUCAGCUCAUUUCAAACUCUUAAGAAUGAACAGAGCCACCAAAUUUCAACAGCAUGGAGGUCUGGAGAACGGUAUAUCCGACAAUGGGCCAGGCUUACUGGAAAACGUUUUCUACAUUUUGUUGUUGAAAAAAUGAAAAUGAAAUCAAGAUUGACAAUGAAACUCCAGCCCUAAUUAUAACCCGCCAAUGCACAAAUGAUGAACAGUGUCUGGCGUUUUGUCAAUGGAAUGAAUAUCCCUAAAGGGAAUGGCUCUUCUGAGCAGUGAACUUCCGGUACUUUGAUCUAGACAAAGUCUGAAGUUGAUGAACGUUGGGAACUGGCUGCAUUCUAAGUAGCAGACAAUUGAUGGAUUCGUUCGAGCCACAUACAUGAUUCUUUAAUUACGUUUGAAUUAUUAUUUUUUUCCUGUAUAUAGAAUUGUCUGACAAAUGCCAAACAAGUUUCUGGCACAUGUUUCUGUUCUCUGAGAGAACCAAGGAUAUAAUAUAGUGUCAAAUGCCCUGUCUCACUUGGAAACAUGGACUAAUAACUAGGUCUGUGACUCGAAUGGAUGUAGAAUCAGUCUUAUUGAGGCAUAAAUAAGAAUUUGUUCUUAACUGACUUGCCUAGUUAAAUAAAAGUAACUUUUUUUUUUUUUUUUUUUAAAUAGGGGAUGGGUUUGCAUAGUGUUACCGUGUACUGGAGUAUGAGUUUCAUGCUGCAAUGCUGUUUUCACCUUCGUGGGUUUCAUAUUUCCAAGGUUCUGUAUUGGUGUUCUGCUGAAAGUCUACAAUCACUAUGUUGUGAAAUCUUGUGUGUUUGGAGAUUCCAUUCCAGACAUGGUUCUAAAUGCAAACACUAACAUUUCCUAGUAGUGUUUUUGAUAGGCUACAGAGUUUCCAAUAUACACAACACACAUUCAUUUAAAAACUGUUGGAUUUCCACUGAUUGUGACUCUUUUUUUAUACUCCUUUUAAUGUUGGUCUCUGAGCUUAGUGAUUGCCAAGAUUUUACAGAUUUGUUUCAAACUAAUGAUUUUUAUCAUGUUUACAUUUCAACUGUAAAUAAUGUAUUUUUAGGAAAGAUGUAAGGUGUUUUCAAACCUCAGCAGCUGACAGAUUACAAAAUAAAUGGGGGAGAAAAA